AUGGCUUUGGUAAGUGUUUUUGUAUUUGGCUUGGUGUCUCUUUACACCAUGGGAGUAAUUGCAAUUAGUAGAUAUUUUAGGGUGGCGAAGGGGUUUUCCUUGACGCGUGAUGGGACCUAAAUUAUUAGCGUGAUGCGUGAUCUGGCCCAAAUUAGCCGCGUGAGGCGUGAAUGGGCAUAGUAGCGUGAUGCGUGAUUUACUAUUUUCACAAGGUAUAAUGGGUGGUUUUCCUUUGAAAUUUCAAUAUCAUCAGAAACUAGAAGCAGGGACAUUAAAGAUAGAUAGUUAUGAAACCAAAGACUUGCUAUUUUUCUCGUUCCUCCAUCUCUGAUUUCCUCAGAUCAAAUGAUAAUAGGAUACUUGUUAAUGUAGUAAACACUUUAUUUUAUUUUUCCGUGAUGCGUGGAUAGCUUAAAAAAAUCGACGUGAUGCGUGAUAGGUACCCCCCCUCCUUUGCCACCCAUAUAUUUCUGCAUAGUAAAACCAGAACGAUACAAAUCAAAUCAAAUCAAAUCUUUUCAGCCAAGAUGAACCUCCAAACGUUAACUGCAAACGUAGACGAAAAGAGAGUUACCAAGAUUUUAGGGAUAGCAAUGGUUGGUUUUGCGUUUUGCUGGCCUCCAGUUUGCAUCAUCGCUGCUGCACACAGGGUACCCACAUUAGCUCGACAGGUGCACUUUACAUGCGGGUUCUUGGUCUAUUUGAGUAGCGCUAUCAACCCCCUACAUAUAUGGUGCAACUAA